UUUGGCUCAAGCCAUUUUGGCUCAAGCCUUUUCCCGUGGCCCGUCCUUCGGUCUCCCGCGCAGGGCGCGCAUGGCCGUGAGGGCGCCGCUGGAGGGUGCGGGCUUGGGAGCGAUGGCGGCGGGGAGACGGCCGUGGCGGCCGUCUGAGGCGUUGUGGAGGCCUCAGCGCGAGCGGCGGGCCGCACAGCGCUGGGCAGCCCUCUCCCGCGAGCGCCUGGUGGAGCGCCAGGCGUCCGAGCUCGUGGAGCUGCGGAGCCUGGCAUCGGCCCCCCCCAGCGUCCUGCGCCGCCUGGCGCUUGUGGCGCCCGUGCUGAUCGCCCAGGAGUACGGCGGGCCGCUGGAGGAGGAGCGCAUCCUCGAGCGCAAUGUGGGGUGCCACGCGCGGGCCCUCCCGCGGCCUGGCGCUCCGCGGGCCGCCUGGAGGAGGGCGCAGCGCGGGCCGCGCACUCCGUGCCCGAGGUCGGCCGUAGCGGCGAGCUCAGCGGAGGCGGAGCCGCGGGCCGUGGGCGCGGAUGCCAUUCACGUCGCUGAUCUGGAAGCGGAGCUCCUAGCGGAGGCUGACGCCCAGGCGAGCGGCGGUGCGUUCCCUCCCCCGCCAGGCGUUUGGCUGGUCGCUGACCCACUGGCAGGAGCGAGGGCCUUCCGGGAGGGCUUCGACGCGGGCUGGCGCCUUGCUGGGACGAUCUCCGGCGCUCCGCGGGGCGGCGACGGCGUGGUGCUGCAGGAGCAGUGCGUGCCCUCCUCGUCCUUCCGUGGCGCAUGGGAGGUCUGCAGCGACGGUGCGUGCGGCGGCGGGCAGGCUGCCCCUGCCGCCAGGGCAGAGCCUGGCCCUCCCCGCGAGGAGGUCUGGAAGGCAGGCGCGGCGAUGGAGGAGGACGGCAGGGCCGCCCUCCAUGCGCCGUGCCGUGCGUUCGAUGGUGUGCAAGGCGGUACUGCAGGCGAGAGGGCGCCGCGGCCGCCGCUGCUUCUGGAGAGCCUGGCGGGCCCAGGCAGUGACGACGGCUUCGAUGACAGCUUUGUGGACGGCCCUGUCGACGGCGACGCGGACGGGGACACGACCUGCCCAGGACACCCCGCCCGUUCGGAGCCCGACAGCCACGUCCUGGAGUAUCUGGACCGCUUCGGCGCGGCGGUGCUGAGCGGCGGCACGGCCGUGGAGCUGGGGAGGGGCACCGCUGGCUCCGUGCGGGCCGCUGCUGCGGCGAGUGCCGAGUGGUACCUCCGUUUCCUCGAUGAGUUCGGCUUGGCCGCGGUGGCUGCUGCGGCCCGCGGGCCGCUUUCGGGAGUGGAAUCGCUCCUGGACCUCGCCGAAGGCCGCGCCGAGGUUUGGCUUCAGCAGCGGGAGCUUACACUCGGAGACAGGGCAGAGGAAGAUCGCCGCGCUGAGAGCUUACUGUUGCAGUAG